CUAAACAAAACCCCCAAAUUCGGACAAUUGUUGUUGCAGGCGGAAACAAGGGCUCUUAGAGGCUACAACGUUCCAUCCUCACGCACAGGAGCACGCGGUUGAGGUGGGGAAGAGAUGGUGUGGUUUCAGUGCGAGGACUGCGGAGACAACCUCAAGAAACCCAAGCUCCCUAACCACUUCAGAGUCUGCUCUGCUUACAAGUUGUCGUGCAUCGAUUGCGGGCAAGUAUUCGGGCAGCAAGACGUUGAAAGUCACACUCAGUGCAUUACCGAAGCGGAAAAAUAUGGUCCAAAGGGUCAAGGGAAUGCUUUGAAUGGAUCGAAUACUAAACCCAAAAAAGAUUCAAAGCCGAAACCGGAGGUUGACAUAAAUGUUGGAUUAUCCAAACUCCCUCCGUGGUUCUGUAGCCUAUGCAACACCAAGGCCACAAGCAAGCAAGCCUUGCUUCUCCAUGCUGAUGGGAAGAAACACAGGGCUAAAGCAAGAGCAUUCCAUGCAGCAAACCAGCAGCCUAAUGAUACUGCAGAAACGAAGGGUUCCUCUGAAAACAAUGCAAAAACUGAAGCUCCUGAAAGUAAAGAUUUGGGAGAAAAUAAUGCUUUGGAAUCAAACAAGAAAAGAAAACUCGAGGCAUCUGAAAAUGAUGGUGCUCAGAACAAGAUUAGAGGUGAUAAUCCGGCGGAACUAGGCAACGGUGAAGUUAUUCAAACCAAAGGAGCAGAAGCAAAAGGCUUGAAGAAGGCCAAACACAAUGCAACGGAGGAAGAUGCAAAACUGGAUUCUGCUGCUGAUAAGGAUUCCAGCAAGAAGAAAAUAAAGUGGAAAAAGCUUAUUACUUCUGCUCUGAAAUCUAAUCCAGAUGGUAUGAUGAAACUGAAGAAGCUUAGGAAAUUUGUUCUGAAUUCUCUCAAGGAAUCUGGCCAUACAGAAGACAAAAACCAAGUAUCCGGAAUUCUUGAGGAGAAGAUAAAUUCAAGUUCUAAAUUUAUUGUUGAUGGAAAAUAUGUUCGCCUAGCCACGAGCAGCUAAGAAGGAAAAUACUUUACUUCUGCAACUACUUUAUUCACCUACGGACAACUGGAACUUGCUGAAACACAUUAUGCUGUUGUGCCACUUGGAACAGGAAAUUUUGGUUUUAGAUUUUUAUCUUCAGCACCAGUGAGCCGCUCUGCGUUCUAAUUGGAUCGUGAACAGUACACAGUUUUUAUCUUUGUUGAGAAAUUAGAUAUACGGAAAUGGUUUGUACUGCUCACUGUCAUAAUUAUGUUAAUGAACAAGAUUUUUUAUUGCAAAAUAUACUUGAUGUCCUGGAA